CGCGCCGCCCCUACAGGGGCCUGUCCUCCCAGACUCUUGCUCUCCCUCCGGUGGGGGCCCCCGUGGGCCGCCCCCGACCUCCGCAGGUGGGGACCCGAGUCCCUUCGCGCGGCGCGGGUGGUGCCGGGGCCCCCGGAGGUCGCGAUUCGAGCCGGGGGACUCUGGGCUCCGCAGACCAGAAAAUGACCUCUGUCCCCGAGGGAUCUUCCGAUUCAGGCCGGAGGGAGGGGGCGUCGGGGUGCGAGCGGCUGGGGUCGGGGGAGAGCCGAAGGCGACGCGGCUGGGCGCGAGCGCUCCCCUCUUUCCGGACCGACGCAGGCUCCGGAGCCAGGCUCGCUCACUCCCCCUGCGAUGCCGUUCUGAGCCGAGGACUGCGUCCUGGCGGCUGAAGAUGGGAAACUCGUACGCGGGACAGCUGAAGACGACGCGGUUCGAGGAGGUUCUGCACAACUCCAUCGAGGCCUCCCUGCGCUCCAGCCACCUGGUGCCCAGGCCCAUCUUCUCCCAGCUCUACCUGGAAGCCGAGCAGCAGCUGUCCUCGCUCGAAGGUGGAAGCCGAGUGGACAACGAGGAAGAGGAGGAGGAGGGAGAGGGGGGCCUGGAGCCCAGCAGUCCCCCGAAUCCCUACCAGCUGCAGCCCCCACCCGAGGGCUGCUGCACCACAGACGGCUUCUGCCAGGCUGGCAAGGACCUACGUCUCGUCUCCAUCUCCAGCGACCCCAUCGACGUCCCCGCGGGCUUCCUGCUGGUGGGUGCCAAGUCCCCCAGCCUGCCUGACCACCUCCUGGUGUGUGCCGUGGACAGGAGGUUCUUGCCCGAUGACAACGGCCACAAUGCCCUUCUCGGCUUCUCCGGGAACUGCGUUGGCUGUGGCAAGAAGGGCUUCUGCUACUUCACGGAGUUCUCCAAUCACAUCAACCUGAAGCUGGCCACCCAGCCCAAGAAGCAGAAGCACCUCAAGUACUACCUGGUCCGGAACGCCCAGGGCGCGCUCACCAAAGGGCCUCUGAUUUGCUGGAAAGGCUCAGAGAUCCGAGGCCGGCAGACUUCUGCCAGGACUGGUGCCAGCUCCCUCUUCCCACCGCUGGAGAGCUCGGGGCCUCCGGCCGCCUUCCCCAGCGAGCCUUCUCCUGGGGCCAACCCCAGCGUCUUGAUGGGCGCCCAACAGGCAGGAGCUGCUUCCGAUCACCCCUCGCUGAGCGCGGCGCCUGGUCCCCCCCUCUUCAAUGGCAGAGACUCGCCAAAGCACCAGCAGUUGCCGAAGAGUAACCUGCCUGUGCCGCCGAGGCCCGCGGCCUUAGGUAUCUUGUCAAACUCCGGGCCCCCCAAGAAACGCCACAAGGGGUGGUCUCCCGAAUCUCCAUCAGCUGCAGAUGCUGGCUGCCUGCCGGGCGCUGGGACCAGGGCCAAGUGCGAAAGUGCAGGCGUCUCUUGCCUGCCCCCGGCGGGCUUGCUGGGAGCAGCCCCGGUCGCCUUUCCUGUCGUGGCCUCCGGAGAGCCCGUGUCUGUGCCCGACAACUUGCUGAAGAUAUGCAAGGCCAAACCGGUGAUAUUUAAAGGCCACGGGAACUUCCCUUACCUGUGCGGGAACCUGAACGACGUCGUGGUCAGCCCCCUGCUGCACACCUGCUACCGGAACUCCCAGUCCAUCUCCAGGGCGUACGAGCAGUGCGGCGCCACCACCAUCCAGCCCAUCUCCGAGGAGAUGCAGCUCCUGCUCACCGUCUACUACCUGGUGCAGCUCGCUGCCGACCAGGUGCCGCUGAUGGAGGACCUGGAGCAGAUCUUCCUGCGCUCCUGGCGCGAGUCGCACCUGACCGAGAUCCGGCAGUACCAGCAGGCACAGCCGCAGCUCUUCCCGCCCACGCCCAGCGCCGCAGCACCGGUGACCUCGGCACAGCUGCCCUGGCUGGCCGGCCUGGCCGCCAGCUCCUGCAAUGACAGUGUGCAUGUCAUCGAGUGUGCCUACUCCCUGGCCGAGGGCCUCUCCGAGAUGUUCAGGCUGCUGGUGGAGGGCAAGCUCGCCAAGACCAACUACGUGGUCAUCAUCUGUGCCUGCCGCAACGCCGCCAUCGACUCCUGCAUCGCCGUCACCGGAAAAUACCAAGCCCGGAUUCUUUCCGAGAGCCUGCUCAGCCCUGCUGAGUACCAGAAGGAAGUCAAGGCCGAGCUGGUGACCGGGAAGGUGGACUCGCUGGGCGCCUUUGUCAGCACGCUCUGUCCAGAGGGCGACAUAGACGUUCUGCUGGACAAAUUUCAUCAGGAGAAUCAAGGCCCUAUGUCUUCCUCACUCACUACCCCCUCCAUCUCGCAAGCAGCAUCCGUGGAUGUCAGUGGGGCACCUGUGUGUACAAGUUACCGCCUGGAGCCGCACGGCAUCCGGCCCUUCCAGCUGGCCGUGGCCCAGAAGCUGCUCUCCCACGUGUGCUCAAUCGCCGACUCCAGCACCCAGAACCUGGACUUGGGCUCCUUCGAGAAGGUGGACUUCCUGAUCUGCAUCCCUCCCUCAGAAGUGACCUACCAGCAGACCCUGUGCCACGUCUGGCACUCAGGGGUCCUGCUGGAGCUGGGCCUGGAGGAGGAGCACAUGACCAAGCAGAGGGUGGAGCAGUACGUCCUGAAGCUGGACGCGGAGGCACAGACAAAAUUCAAGGCCUUCCUGCAGAACUCCCUGCAGAAUCCACACACACUCUAUGUCCUCAUCCACGACCACGCCCACUGGGAUCUCGUGAGCAGCGCUGUUCAGAACGUCUGCUCCCAGAGCGAGCCCUGCGUGGGCCUGGUGGACAGACUGCUCAACUGCAGGGAGGUGAAGGAGGCCCCCAACAUCGUGACCCUGCAUGUGACCUCCUUCCCGUACGCCCUGCAGACCCAGCACACGCUCAUCAGCCCCUACAACGAGAUCCACUGGCCGGCCUCCUACAGUAACGGCGCCGACUUGUAUCAUGAGAAUAAAAAGUACUUUGGGCUGGCCGAGUUCAUCGAAUCCACCCUCUCCGGACAGAGCCUGCCCCUGCUCAGAUACGACAGCUCCUUUGAGGCCAUGGUCACAGCGUUAGGCAAAAGGUUCCCCCGCCUGCACAGCGCGGUGAUCCGGACCCUUGUUCUCGUGCAGCACUACGCCGCCGCGCUGAUGGCCGUGAGCGGCCUGCCGCAGAUGAAGAACCACACGUCGGUGGAGACGCUGGAGAUAGCGCAGAACCUGCUGCACGCGCCUGCCCAGUGCCCCCGCGGCCACGGGCUCAUGGUGCUGCUGCGCGUGCCCUGCGCGCCGCUGGCCGCCGUGGCCUACGAGCGCCUGGCCCACGUGCGCGCGCGCCUGGCGCUGCAGGAGCGCUUCGAGAUCGUCCUGGGCAACCCCAGCGCGGGCGUCACGGUGGGCAAGCACUUCGUGAAGCAGCUCAAGAUGUGGCAGAACAUCGAGGACGCGACGUGGAGACCCCAGACCUACCUGGAGCUGGAGGGCCUGCCUUGCAUCCUCAUCCUCAGUGGGGCGGACCCACUCGGGGAGUCCUUGCCCAGGUCCCUGAGGUACUGUGACCUGCGCCUGAUCAACUCCUCAUGCUUGGCGAGGACGGCCUUGGAGCAGGAGCUGGCCCUGGCUGCCUACUUUGUGAGCAGCGAGCUGCCCUCGGACAAGGGGCCCAGGAGCGAGGCCUUGGAGAGCGACGCGGAGAAACUGAGCAGCACGGACAACGAGGAGGAGGAGCCGGGGACCGAAGCGGGCUCUGCCUUGGAGCGGAGAAGCCCGGUGACAAGGGACAGGCCCUGCUCCCAGGACUCGGCGUCCUCGCCCCUGUCCUCCACGGCAUCCGGCUCAGCGCUCGCUGGCGAGGCUGGGGCUCCGCCCGCGGGGCCCCUGCAGAGAGAGCAGGCCAGGUCGCCCCCGGCCUGCGGCCCUUCCGAGGAGGGCAGGGUCCCCGGGGAAAAACCAAGGAGCCGGGCCGGCCAGGGUCCCCCGCCCGCCGCCAGCACACACAGCCCCGGGCGGCGCAGCCUGCACGCGGCGGUCACCUCGUCCUGCCAGCCGUCCUCCUCGGGCUCGUGCUCCUCGGCUUCGGCCGCCGCCAGCAGCGCCCUGGUCCUGCAGGCCCCACAGUGCUCCCUGGCCAAGGCCUGCCGGCAGCCGCCCAUCGUCUUCCUCCCCAAGCUGGUGUACGACAUGGUCUUGGCCACCGACAGCAGCGGCCUGCCCAAGGCCGCCUCGCUGCUGCCCUCCCCCUCGGUCAUGUGGGCCAGCUCCUUCCGCCCGCUGCUCAGCAAGGCCAUGACGUCCACGGAGCAGUCCCUGUACUACCGGCAGUGGACGGUGCCGCGGCCCAGCCACAUGGACUACGGCAACCGGGCCGAGGGCCGCGUGGACAGCUUCCACCCCCGCCGGCUGCUGCUCAGCGGGCCGCCCCAGAUCGGGAAGACAGGCGCCUACCUGCAGUUCCUGGGCAUCUUGUCCCGGAUGCUCAUUCGGCUGACGGAGGUGGACGUCUACGAUGAAGAGGAGGUCAAUAUCCGCCUCGGGGAAGAAUCGGAUUGGCGUUACCUGCAGCUCAGCGACCCCUGGCCGGAGCUGCAGCUGUUCAAGAAGCUGCCCUUCGACUACAUCAUUCACGACCCCAAGUACGAGGAUGCCAGUCUGAUUUGUUCCCACCAGCAGAGCGUCGCGAGUGAAGACGGGGGGACGUCUCGGAAGCCCGAGGACCUGUACGUGCGACGCCAGACAGCGCGGAUGAGGCUGUCCAAGUACGCAGCCUACGACACGUACCACCACUGCGAGCAGUGCCACCAGUACAUGGGCUUCCACCCCCGCUACCAGCUCUAUGAGUCCACCCUGCACGCCUUUGCCUUCUCUUACUCCAUGCUAGGAGAGGAGAUCCGGCUCCACUUCAUCAUCCCCAAGUCCAAGGAGCACCACUUCGUCUUCAGCCAACCCGGAGGCCAGCUGGAGAGCAUGCGGCUGCCGCUGGUCACAGACAAGAGUCGCGAAUACAUCAAGAGCCCCACGUUCACGCCCACGACCGGGCGGCACGAGCACGGGCUCUUCAACCUGUACCACGCGAUGGACGGCGCCAGCCACUUGCACGUGCUGGUGGUCAAGGAGUACGAGAUGGCUAUCUACAAGAAGUACUGGCCCAACCACAUCAUGCUCGUGCUGCCCAGCAUCUUCAACAGCGCUGGAGUGGGCGCCGCCCACUUCCUGAUCAAGGAGCUGUCCUACCACAACCUGGAGCUGGAGCGGAGCCGGCAGGAGGAGCUUGGGAUCAAGCCGCAGGACAUCUGGCCUUUCAUCGUCAUCUCCGACGACUCCUGCGUGAUGUGGAACGCGGCGGACGUGGACUGUGCCGGGGAGAGGAGCAGGGAGUUUUCCUGGACGGAGAGGAACGUGUCCCUGAAACACAUCAUGCAGCACAUCGAGGCGGCGCCCGACAUCACGCACUACGCCCUGAUCGGCAUGCGCAAGUGGUCCAGCAAGACCAGGGCCAGCCAGGUGCGCGAGCCCUUCUCCCGCUGCCACGUGCACGACUUCGUCAUCCUGAACGUGGACCUGACCCAGAACGUGCAGUACAACCAGAACCGGUUCACCUGUGACGACGUGGACUUCAACCUGCGGGUGCACAGCGCCGGCCUCCUGCUCUGCCGAUUCAACCGCUUCAGCGUGAUGAAGAAGCAGAUCGCUGUGGGCGGGCACCGGUCCUUCCACAUCACCUCCAAGGUGUCGGAGAAUGCCGCGGCUGUGCUGCCCGCACAGUACAUCUGUGCCCCCGACAGCAAGCACACAUUCCUGGCGGCGCCCGCCCAGCUCCUGCUGGAGAAGUUCCUGCAGUACCACAGCCACCGCUUCUUCCCGCUGGCCCUGAAGAACCUCAGCCACCCGGUGCUGUCCGUCGACUGCUACCUUAACCUGGGCCCUCAGGUUUCCGUCUGCUACGUGAGCUCCAGGCCCCACUCCCUGAACGUCGGCUGCUCCACGCUCGUGUUCAGUGGCCUCCUGCUCUACCUCUGCGACUCCUUCGUGGGCGCCGGCUUUCUGAAGAAGUUCCACUUUCUGAAAGGCGCCACCUUGUGUGUGAUCUGCCAGGACCGGAACUCGCUGCGCCAGACGGUCGUGCGCCUGGAGCUGGAGGAGGAGUGGCAGUUCCGGCUGCGUGAUGAGUUCCAGACGGCCAACGCCGCGGAGGACCGGCCGCUGUUCUUCCUGACGGGGCGGCACAUCUGAGGAUGAAGCCUGCGGACUUCCUGGAGGAGUUGGCGUUCAGAGCCCUCGUGCUGUGAGGCUAACGGAAAUCCUUGAGCCGUGGGGUGUUGGAACUGGAACUGGCCCCAGGGACGCCUACACUGCAGGCCGCUUGUGGCAGGUAGCAGGCCCCGAGCUGGAUAGUGGCAGAGCCGUGUGGGCAGGAACUGGAACCCAAGACUCUGGCGUUCUGGGCUGCGCCACAUCAGCCUGGGCCGUGUCUGAGGUCGGGUUAUGAAGCACCAGCUUCCGCCUACCCAGUGCCUCCCUUCUCGGCAGUGGGCGUUUCGGGCUGAGGAUGGGUUUCAGCCUACUAGGGUUCCCUGUAGCCUCCUACAAAGCAAUAUUUCAAAAGACUCAACCGUGCAGGCUGGAGACAAAAAUGAGUAGAUCACUUUUGAAGAUGCUUGAAUUGCCUGUGAGUUUGCUGUCUUACAAGCCAGCCCAAAGGCAUCAGAUUCAAUAAAGGAAAAUGUUCCUGUUAAAUGACCCUAUUAAAAUAGUAGAGGGUAGGGACUGGCGCUACGGCGCGGCAGGUUAAGCUACCGCCUGCAGUACCAGCCAGCAUCCGAGAGGGGCGCUGGUUCGAGUCCCGGCUGCUCCACUUCCAAUCCAGCUCCCUGCUAAUGCACCUGCGAAAGCAGCGGAGGAUGGCUGGACCGUCGCUGGGCCACUGCGCCCCACGGGGGAGACCUGGGAGAAGCUCUGGCUUCGGCCUGGUCUGCUCCUGGUUGUUGUGAUCAUUUGGGGAAAUGAACCAGCAGCUGGAAAGUACCUCUUUGUUUCUGUCUCUCCCUCUCUGUAGCUCUGCCUUUCAAAUUAAUAACUAAAUCUUUAAAAAAGUCUAGGGUAAAUAUCCUACCUCUUAGGGCACUAAAAUGCAAAGGAGCUUUCUUUGAAAUCAAAAGGGCUUUAAGGAGAAAAUCAGGGUUAAGGAAGUUGCCCUGAAUUUGCCUUACAAAGGAAGGAAGGCCAAAGUUCUUGGGGAAAAAAAAAUAAAUAAAAACAACCAAAGUGAUUUAUAAAAUAGUUGGGAAGAACCAGACUUGUGCCUAGAAGGUAUCGAAGCUCGGCUUUCGGUUCCUUUGUAGCCUGUUUUCUUUUGCAAUUGCUGGACUCCUUUGGGGAGGGUCCCUGCUAACCAGAGAGAAGAAGAACCGGCAUGUUCCGUGCAGCCGCCUGGGUGGUUUCCAGCCAGUCCCGCACAGCGCCCCCUGCAGGCAGAUGUCAGACCAGGUGCUGGCGCUGCGCCGGUUUGGUUGAAUCCUUUCCAGAGCCUUUCACGUUUGGAAUCAUUCUCCCGACUGGCGAGACAGGAGGGGGCCUCGCUCAGUCACAGGCUGGAAGCACCAGCCAGGCUCCUGCCUGCACGCCCAGGUCUCCCUGCCCCCCACCUCACUGCCGUGGAAGGGCCCAUCACUGAAGGGAAACUUAGAGAUGUAAACCAUGACUCCCCAGCGUGCACCCUCUGCGUGCAUCUCAGACGCUGACUGGCACUCUGGUGGAUAACGACCCCGGAAGACGCGAUUUUGAAAGGUGAUGCCAAAGAAUUCACGUCAGUCUUUUUCCCCAGAAACCAAAGUGGACAAGGAUGAUUGAGAUCAGUGUUUAUAAAAUGAUCGCUUUGUAUAUGUCACUAUUCCUAUUGUGGAAUGAAAACUGGGCUUUAGUUCUAUUUGUGUUUUUGUAAAUAGCAGUUUCUGUAUCAUCCCCCAGUGUGUUAGUUAACUUAAGCUAAUAUUCUUGUUUGUUCCAGUCUUAUCAAUAAAACCUGUGAUGCAUU